AUGGAUUUCUUAGAUGACAUAGAUAAAUUAUGUCCUUAUUUAGAGAAAUGCUAAAAUUUGAUAUGUGAAAGGCGACAUCCUAGAUGUUUAAGUGGAGUUUGCAUAGGUUAUUUAAAGGGAAUUUGUUAAAAUAAUAAUAUUUGUGGAUUACAUCAUUAUUCAUAAGAUGAUUUACAAAAUGAAUUGGAUAAAAAACCCAUAAAUGGAAUAUAUCAACAUAAUUUAUGUUAUAACAAAUGCAUUGAUUAGUAUUGUAGAUAUUUACAUCCACCUUGGUUAAAAUAUAUUUGUGCGGAUUGUAAAAAUAAAAAAUGUGAUAAAAAAAAUGAAGGAUUGUGGCAUACUGUUAAAUGGUAAGAAAUAUAAAAAAAAGUAUAUGAAUUAUAUAAUAUUAAUAAAUUGAAUCCUGAAAAUUUUUGUAAUGAAAUAGAUUGUUAAUGUGGUGUUAAAAAAUAUAAUUUAGAUAUAUAUUGUAUCAAAUAUUUUUAAGGAAUAUGUGUUUAUCAUAGAUGUUCACAACCACAUAAAAAUUGGGAGGAUCUUAAAGAAAUAGGAAAUUUUUAGAAUUUAUAAGAUUAAGUUAUUAAACCUUGUAUAAAAUUUGAUAAAAAUAACAAAAAAUUUGUGAGUUAAUAAUAAACAUUAUUAUGUAAUUUAUAUAUGUAAAAGAAUCAACUUAAAAUGAUGGUAAAUUAAAUAUCAUAAAGACCAUAAGUGGAUAUCAUCUUUAUUUUAGAUUGUACAAUUAGUAUGGAUAAAUGGAUUGAAGUUUCAAGAAAAAAUAUAAGUUCUAUAAUUAAUGAGUUUAAAAAAAAGGUUGAAUUUAAUACAGCAAUUAGAAUGGCUGCAGUAUGUUAUAAAGAUCAUUCAGAUGGUCCAAAUCAUAUAAAAUAUCAUGAUUUUACUGUAAAUCCAGAAGAAAUUGAAAAAUUCAUUGGUUCUUAAAAUCCAUCUGGUGGUGAUGAUAUACCUGAAGACUUAUAAGGAGCACUUGAUGUUGCAUAUAAAUUAAACAUUUGUAGGGAUCCUGAAAGUCUUUUAUAGCUUUUUAUAAUUACAGAUGCUCCAUGUCAUGGUAGGAAAUAUCAUACAUUAGCUAUUGAUUCAAAAUCAGAGGCUCAAGAUUUAGAAGAAAAACUAUAAAAAUUUGUUGAUUUAAAAUAACGAUUUUUUUUAUCCUUUUUAUAAAUUAAUGAGUAAACCAAAAUAAUGGAGGAAUUUAUAUAAAAAGUAGUAUAAUCAAACUAUCAAAGUGCUAAGAUAACUGAUUAAUAAUUUACAGAUUAUAUUUUAUUUUCUCUAUCUUCUACUUAUGUAAAAUCAUAAUCAAUGAAUGUAAAGAAAGAUUAUUCAUAUGUCUUUUAAGCUUAAUAUACAAAACAAAAAGAAAUGAUUUAUAAUUAUAAUUGUUAGUCUUAGAAAUAUUAUGAUAAAAUUGUUGAAUAAAUUUAAAAAACAAAAAAACAAAAUUAAACAUUGUUAUUUAUUGAAAAUGAUGAAUUUGAAGUUUUUAAAAAAGGUUAAUCAUCAGAUGUAUUUAAAGGAUUUGAUUAAAAAAAUAAUGUAUAUGUUGUGAUAAAAAUUCCUUCAUAAUUUAUUAAAAAAUACAAUUAAAAUGCAUUAACUUAAGCAGAUAUUGAUGAAGCAAAUAAAAUUGCAAAAACUAAAUAUAUAUAAUAAUUGAUUGCAAAACAAUUGAGUCAUCAUUUCAAUUUCUGCUGCAGUACUAACAAAAACACUUAGUUUAUUCCUAUUUAUUAUGCAACUCCAUAUUUAUAUGAUUUAGAAAAACCAUUUAAGGGUUUGAAGUUCAUAUAUGCAGAGAGUUAUAUUGAUAUUAAUGAAAAAUGGAAAAAAUAUACUAACAAUACUGAAUAUAAAGAUGAAUAGAUCAAUUUAACUGCUUUCUCUCAUUUUACAUAUGAAUAUACUUUUUAGUAAAUGAUAAUUACAGAUUUAUAGGGUAAAGCCAAUAUCUUAUCAGAUCCUGCAAUACACACUAAAUAGUAUUUAGAAGAUGGAACAAAUUUAUAAGAUGAUGGGUGUAAUAAAUUCUUUUUGAAAUAACAUCCAGAAUGUUAAAAAAUUUGUUAAAUUCUCUAAUUAAAAGAUAGAGCAGUAUCCUAAAAGUUAUAGAGUUAGGAUUAGAAUUCUAUUAGAAAAAUAAACUCUGAUGCUGAUACUCAUUUCGAAGAAGAUAAUAAUUAAAUAAAUAUAGAUAAUUUAUACAAAAUAUGCAGUAAUUGCAAUUCUUUGGAAAAAUUACAAAAUAAUGAUACAUUUAAAGCACUUUGUUUAUGCUGUGAAGAUAAACAAAAAUAAAAACAAUAAAUGAAAUGUUAAUGUUGUAAUGUGGCUUAUGAAGUAUCUUAUAAUUAUGAUUAACUAUUUGGAACUGUAUUAUAAUAUUGUCAAGAUUGUUAAAAUAAAGAAUGCCAUAAAACAUAUGAAAAGAAUUGUUAUUAUUGUGGAAAAAAAAUAUGUUUAUAAACAAUUAAGACUAUUACAGUAAAUGAAUAGAUUAAAGAAAUAUGUACAGAUGCUUAUUUCUAUUUACGACAAGUUAAAUGUAAAUAUUGUCAUUUAAAUUAUAAUUUUCAUAAACUAUUAAGUUUAGAGGAUUAUUAAAAUAAUAACUAUAAUUGUGGUUGUAAUAACAAAAACAAAUGA